AUGUCAAGCAUGGCAAGCGACCAAGGUGUUGUAGAAGUGAAAACUGUGGAACAGUUUGACAAGAUACUAGGCGAGCAUGGAGGGUUAUUGGUUGUCCAUUUUGCUGCAGCCUGGGCCCCACAGUGUAAACAAAUGAAUGAUGUUAUGAGAGAACUUUCUAAAGAUUCUGCCAAUACUACAUUUGUUUCGGUAGAAGCAGAGUCCGUACCAGAAUUGUCCAUGAAAUAUGAAAUAGCUGCUGUGCCAACGUUUAUAUUUUUAAGGAAUAAGGACAAAGUUGACCGCCUAGAUGGAGCUAAUGCAGCUGAUUUAACAAAGAAAGUGAAGCUACUUGCCAGCAGUAGAGAAUCAGCACCAGAGCCACCCAAACUCCCUAAAGAGGAUUUGAACGCCCGUUUGAAAAAGUUAAUCAGUGCUGCCCCAGUGAUUCUAUUCAUGAAAGGAACUCCAGAUGAGCCCAGAUGUGGUUUUAGUAAGCAAGCUAUCAAAAUCCUAAACGACAAGAAAAUCCAGUACAGUACCUUUAAUAUUCUCACAGAUGCAGAGGUUCGACAGGGUUUGAAAACAUUUUCUGACUGGCCAACAUACCCACAGCUGUACCAUAAUGGAGAGUUGUUGGGUGGUCUGGACAUUUUGAAGGAGAUGGUGGAGAACGGAGACCUAGACACAUUACCAAAGGAGCAGGAUUUAGACACCAGGUUAAAGGAAUUGACUAGUCGCUCUCCAGUCAUGCUGUUCAUGAAGGGUGAUCCGGAGACACCAAGGUGUGGCUUCAGCAGAAAGAUCACAGAACUAUUGAAAGAGACUGGAGUGAAGUAUGACACGUUUGAUAUACUGACUGAUGAAGAAGUGCGACAAGGAUUAAAAGCCUAUUCAAAUUGGCCAACAUAUCCACAGCUGUAUGUAAACGGCGAGUUGAUUGGGGGACUGGAUAUUGUCAAGGAACUGGCAGAAUCUGGUGAACUGAAGAAUAUACUAACUGAUGGACAAGCUGUAUAAUAAACCGAGAAGAAGAAUGAACACAUUAAGAUUGCUCUCUGGAUAUUUUACUCUUUUGAUUCAAAUCAAUCAUGGAUUACCCUUAAUGCAUCAGAAUAGUGCAUGUUGUAUUCCAUGGGAAAGUUGGCAGUGGUUUCCUCCCUUGUUAUGGCUCACCACUAGAUGGCAACUUCGUUUCUGAUCCUAAUCAGAAUCUCCAGCCAAGUAUUUCUUGUUUUUAAUUUUAUUUAAAAUUUCCUUGCAAAUUGAAGCCUAUGAAAGGAGAUCCAGAGCAUCAGGGAUGGUCAGGGGAUUAUAUGGAAUCCCGAAUUCCCGAAUGUAAUAAACAAGCUCAUGCUUCACUGAGCAAUCAGUCUAUGUUCUUACCACCAACAGUUCAUGUUUUCCUCAGCUUUAAUCAUAAUGAAUUUAGUACAUGUACAUGCAUAUAUACACUUACUUCACAACAGAUGCACAUGAUGAAUGGGAAUUCAGGAGAGAACUCCCUGAAGAUUGAGCAUGACCACCCAGCACCUUUACACAGGUGGAGUGGCAUGUCAGAUAUCUCUUACAAUGCAGAACUCUUUAUGUACAAAGCUAUUACAGAAGUUAGCACCCAGUGAAUCUUUGCUUGCAAACUACCAGCAGAUGAUGUCAAACUGCACUUACAGCGACAACGUUCAAUCGUUUAUGUACAUGUAUAUAGGGUUAAACAAAUGCGUGGCCGCUUGAUUUUGCAGCAGAGCAUGGAAAUAUGUUGAUAUGUUUAGAUCUUUAAGAAGAACAUGGUUGAGUCCAGAAAACUAAAGGCAUCUUAUACCAGAAAUCUAACGGAGUAUUACAUAAUCUUGUGGAAAUCAGGUUUGUUGCUAUGGUCAUGUCCACAUGCAGGGCAUUAAGAAAAGGGUCUUGACACAGGAUGAGAUACAGGACUUUACAGAUAAGGGCAGGAAGUUUUUGUAAUGUCA